CUUACCCCAGUUUAGUGUCCUUGCUGUCAACAUGUGUUGCUAGCUGGUCCACAACAACAUGGAGAAGUAAAUUAGUUGCCGGGGAUUCAUCGAGGCAAAGUUGGCUGGAAUGAGAAAAAAAAACAACUAAUUUAUUUUUUCACGUUCGUUUCGGAAGGGUAAAAACUGUUGAAAAAAUGGUGAAAGAGCAGUUCCGGGAGACAGAUGUGGCGAAAAAGAUAAGCCACAUCUGCUUUGGCAUGAAAUCUGCAGACCAAAUGCGUCAGCAGGCUCAUCUUCAGGUGGUCAGCAAGAACCUGUACAGCCAGGACACCAAACACUCUCCGCUGGCGUAUGGAGUGCUGGACCACCGCAUGGGAACCAGCGAGAAAGACAGACCGUGUUUGACAUGCGGGAAGAAUCUGGCAGACUGUUUGGGACAUUAUGGCUAUCUAGAUUUGGAGCUGCCGUGUUUUCAUGUUGGUUAUUUUAAAGCAGUCAUUGGGAUCUUACAGAUGAUUUGUAAGACAUGUUCAAGCAUCAUGCUGUCCAAAGAAGAUAAGCUCCAGUUCAUGGACAUGUUGAAACGUCCCAACCUGGCCUACCUCCAGAAACGAGGGCUAAAGAAGAAGAUCUCGGACAAAUGCCGCAAAAGGACAAUAUGUCUGAAUUGUGCUGCGUUUAAUGGAACGGUGAAGAAGUGUGGCCUGCUGAAGAUCAUCCACGAGAAGUACAAAACCACCAAGAAGGUGGUGGAGCCUUUUGUGUCGGAGUUCCUGCAGUCCUUCGACACGGCAUUGGAGCACAAUAAACUCAUGGAGCCUCUUCUGCCAAGAGCGCAGGAGAACCUCAACCCUCUGGUGGUGCUGAACAUCUUCAAAAGGAUCUCCCAGGAGGACAUCCCUCUGCUGCUGAUGAACCCCGAGGCGGGAACACCGGCUGAUCUCAUUCUCACCCGCCUCCUGGUGCCCCCGCUUUGCAUCCGACCCUCUGUGGUCAGCGAUCUCAAAUCGGGUACCAAUGAGGACGACCUCACUAUGAAGCUGACGGAGAUCAUAUUCCUGAAUGAUGUCAUCAAAAAGCAUCGCAUGACGGGCGCCAAGACGCAGAUGAUCAUGGAGGACUGGGACUUCCUGCAGCUGCAGUGUGCUCUCUACAUCAACAGCGAGCUCUCCGGCAUCCCGCUCAACAUGGCGCCCAAGAAGUGGACGAGAGGUUUUGUGCAGAGACUGAAGGGGAAGCAAGGUCGGUUCCGAGGCAACCUCUCAGGCAAGAGAGUGGACUUCUCCGGCAGAACUGUCAUCUCCCCGGACCCAAACCUGAGGAUCGACGAAGUAGCCGUACCGGUACACGUGGCCAAAAUCCUAACAUACCCCGAAAAAGUCAACAAGGCCAACCUGGAGCUCAUGAGGAAACUCGUCCGCAACGGCCCGGAUGUUCACCCCGGUGCCAAUUUCAUCGAGAAUCGGCGCAACCAAGUAAAAAGGUUCUUGAAGUACGGAAACCGUGAGAAGAUUGCUCAGGAGUUGCGAUUCGGCGACGUGGUGGAGAGGCACAUGAUUGACGGCGACAUCGUCCUGUUCAAUCGACAGCCCUCGCUGCACAAACUCAGCAUCAUGGCGCACAUUGCCAAAGUCAAACCUCACAGGACGUUUCGCUUCAACGAGUGCGUGUGCACGCCGUACAACGCUGACUUUGAUGGCGAUGAAAUGAAUCUCCAUCUGCCUCAGACGGAGGAGGCCAAAGCAGAGGCUCUAGUCCUAAUGGGGACAAAAGCCAAUCUGGUAACUCCGAGGAACGGUGAACCUCUGAUUGCUGCCAUUCAGGACUUUUUGACGGCCGGCUACCUUUUGACUCUUAAGGACACCUUCUUUGACCGAUCCAAAACCUGCCAGAUAGUGGCAUCAAUCCUCGUUGGAAAAGAUGAGAAAAUUAAGAUCUCACUCCCUCGCCCGGCAAUAGUAAAGCCCAUGUCUCUGUGGACGGGCAAGCAGAUAUUUAGCCUCAUCCUGAAGCCCAGCAAGGAUUGCCCCGUCAAGGCCAACCUCCGCACUAAGGGCAAGCAGUACUGCGGCAAGGGGGAGGACCUUUGCCACAACGACUCAUUCGUUGUCAUCCACAACAGCGAGCUGAUGUGCGGCAGCAUGGACAAGAGCACCUUGGGCUCAGGCUCCAAAAACAACAUCUUCUACAUCCUACUGAGAGACUGGGGACAGCUGGAGGCUGCCAACGCCAUGUCCCGCCUCGCAAGACUCGCCCCCGUUUAUCUUUCCAACCGUGGCUUUUCCAUCGGUAUCGGGGACGUGACACCCGGUCAGGGUCUCCUCAAAGCUAAGCAGGACCUUCUGGAUGACGGCUACCAUAAGUGUGAUGAAUACAUAGAAGCUCUGCAGACGGGGAAAUUGCAGCAGCAGCCAGGCUGCACGGCGGAGGAGACCUUGGAGGCUCUGAUUCUCCGAGAGCUUUCGGUCAUCAGAGACCGAGCAGGCAGCGCCUGUCUCAGGGAGCUGGACAAGAGCAACAGUCCUCUGAUCAUGGCUCUGUGUGGCUCCAAAGGAUCUUUUAUUAAUAUCUCCCAGAUGAUUGCAUGUGUGGGACAGCAGGCCAUAAGUGGAUCUCGAGUGCCUGACGGUUUUGAAAAUCGAUCCCUGCCUCAUUUUGAAAAGCAUUCUAAAUUGCCCGCCGCUAAAGGUUUUGUGGCCGACAGCUUCUACUCGGGCCUGACACCCACUGAGUUUUUCUUCCACACCAUGGCCGGCCGUGAGGGACUGGUGGACACUGCUGUGAAAACUGCCGAGACCGGCUACAUGCAGAGGCGUCUUGUGAAGUCCCUGGAGGACCUUUGCUCGCAGUACGACCUCACAGUACGAAGCUCCACCGGCGACGUCAUCCAGUUUAUUUACGGCGGCGACGGCCUGGACCCCGCAGCCAUGGAAGGCAAGGACGAACCGCUGGAGUUCAAGAGGGUCCUGGACAACAUCCGGGCGGGCUACGCUUGCCCCAACGAGCCGGCGCUCAGCCAGAGCGAGCUGGUUCUCACAUCAGACAGCCUCAUGAAGAAAGCCGACUUCAUGUGCUGCAGAGACAGCUUCUUGGAGGAGAUAAGGAAAUUCAUCAAAAGCAUCUCGGAGAAAAUCAAGAAGACGAGAGACAAAUACGGCAUCAACGACAACGGCACCAGCGAGCCGAAGGUCCUCUAUCAGCUGGAUCGCAUCACCCCCACCCAGCUGAAGAAGUUCCUGGAAACGUGCCGGGACAAGUACAUGAGAGCUCAGAUGGAGCCCGGGUCCGCGGUCGGGGCCUUGUGCGCCCAGAGCAUCGGAGAGCCAGGCACACAGAUGACCCUGAAGACUUUCCACUUUGCCGGCGUGGCGUCCAUGAACAUCACGCUGGGCGUGCCUCGCAUCAAAGAGAUCAUCAACGCCUCCAAGAACAUCAGCACCCCGAUUAUCACCGCUCAUUUAGACAUCGAGGACGACGCCGACUUUGCGCGCCUGGUGAAGGGGAGGAUCGAGAAAACGCUGCUCGGCGAGAUUUCCGAGUACAUCGAAGAGGUUUUCCUACCAGACGACUGUUUCAUCCUGGUCAAAUUGUCCCUGGAGAGAAUCAGACUAUUGCGCCUGGAGGUGAACGCAGAGACCGUGCGCUAUUCCAUCUGCAUGUCCAAGCUGCGAGUGAAACCGGGCGACGUGGCGGUGCACGGCGAGGCCGUGGUGUGCGUGUCGCCGCGGGAAAACAACAAGAGCUCCAUGUACUAUGUGCUGCAGUCGCUGAAGGAGGAGCUACCCAAGGUGGUGGUUCAAGGAGUCCCCGAGGUCGCCCGUGCCGUCAUCCACAUCGACGAGCAGAGCAACAGGAACAUGUACAAGCUGCUGGUGGAGGGCGAUAACAUGCGUGCCGUCAUGGCCACCCACGGCGUCAACGGAAGCAGGACCACAUCCAACAACACAUACGAGGUGGAGAAGACUCUCGGCAUCGAAGCUGCCAGGUCCACCAUCAUCAACGAGAUCCAAUACACCAUGAUCAACCACGGCAUGAGCAUCGACCGGCGCCACGUCAUGCUUCUAGCUGACCUCAUGUCCUAUAAGGGCGAGAUACUCGGAAUUACGAGAUUUGGCUUGGCCAAAAUGAAGGAGAGCGUCCUCAUGCUGGCGUCCUUUGAGAAAACGGCCGACCACCUCUUUGACGCCGCCUACUUUGGGCAGAAGGACUCCGUUUGCGGCGUAUCAGAGUGCAUCAUCAUGGGCAUCCCGAUGAACAUCGGCACGGGGCUCUUUAAACUCCUCCAUAAGGCCGACAGGGAUCUGUGCCCACCCAAAAGGCUCCUCCUCUUUGACCACGCCGACUUCCACGUCCCUCUCAUCACGUAAAGAGUGACGGGGAAUGGAAGUUCAAGUAUUUCAGUACUUCAUUAGAGCUUUUGUUAAUCAUGUAUAUGGAGAAACAUCUUUUUUUUUUGUACAUUAAUAAGCAUGCAAUCAUUUCUCUCAGCAGUGUUAUGCUAUUCAUAACACAGCAAAUUACUGCUUCAAUUUGCAAAGAGACAAUUGUUUUUAUCAUUUAAACGUUUUCUUUUCAUCCAUUAAAAUCAUGUGAAUUAAUAACACGCUUAGCUUGUUAACAUAAAUGACCCGAGUUGAGCUCAAUUUGCUCAAUUCAAGACACGAAUGAACCAAUCUCGGGUUAGAGCGCAAAAGCGGCUGUUACUGAUCGGUCACUGACUCACCAUGGCGACAGGAACGCUGUACUUUCCCCCACAACACAAGUAGAAAUCCUCAUAUAGAAGCUUUAUGAGGAAGUAGAACACCAAAUUAAAAAUAUGAAUUAGAUUUUUAUGUCAAUGUAAAAAAAAAAAAAAAAAUUAUGAAAGAAAGAGUUUCCUUCUUUAAUUGGCUUUUUUCCUUUUUAGUGUUACACACUCAACACUCAAAAACUGAUAUACAAAAUAGCAAUAAAAAGUCCUUGAUAGGGGCUGCACGGUGGAUGAGUGGAUGGCGCUAGGAGUUUGCAUGUUUUCCCUGUGCAUGUGUGGGUUUUCGCCGGGUACUCCGGUUUUCCUCCCACAUUCCAAAAACAUGCCAGGCUAAUUAGCCACUCCAAAUUGUCCAUCGGUAUGAAUGUGAGUGUGAAUGGUUGUUUGUCUAUAUGUGCCCUGUGAUUGGUAGAAAAUGAAUGAAAUAAGUAAAUAAUACAAAUUAUUCAUGCAUACACGGCUAGAACAUGCGCCACACAGGGAUCGAACCUGGGUCUCCUAGCUGUGUGGCCUAACCACUUGUCACCAUGCAGCCUAUAUAAAUUAUUUUCCUUCCCAUAUAGUGUUACUAAGGCUUACCAAGCAACUUUAUUAUUAUUAUUAAAUAUAAUUCAUUAUGUAAAUGAGGGAACAAGAACAAAGAAAGCUAUAAGUGUGGCUAGGAACACACAUGGUAUCGUUCAAUACCAUUUUAAGUUGAUUUUUUAAAAAAAAGUGUUGUACAAAUAUCUUUUAUUACUCUUGUUUACUAUAUCAAGUUCAGCUGAUAAAUCCGUCCAUGGAGAACCUUUCUUCAUUUAGAAAACUAAUCACUUCUCUAAUGUGACAUUUUGUUUCUUCUCCAAGUACAGGAUGUUUUCGCUAUCCUUUUGUGAUUGACGGCAGAUAUCAUCGCGUCCGUGACGUCAUUGUAAACACGACAUGUGACACAGGAAGGCGACGGCGUCUGAAUUCACAAGGCUGGUUCAUAACUUGAGGAGGAACCUCCCGUACGUCUGGUCUGGCCUUCAUGGAUGGUUUAUUUUUACCUUCAGCUGCUGCACGAAGAGCAUCGGAGAACCCACGAUGACCGAGGCCAUCCACACAAACCCUGCAAGAACACACCAAAGUUCACAGUGUGUGCUAAUAUGGAAGAAAUCACACACUUGGACAAAUACCCAGCAUCUUGUACGCUCUUUUGGACGUGGACUGUUGCCUCGUUCGUAACGGGAAAACGAUGCCCUGGUAUCUCUCGACGGCGAUGCAGGUCAUGGUGAGGAUGCCCGUCACUACAGCCGUGGUCUGCACGAAGGGAACCGUCUUGCACACUAGAACCCCUAGCACGUAAACACAAAACAUGAAGAUGCUUAGCUUAGCUUAUCAAACGCUGUUCCUCAGUCUUCAAGGAUUUAAUGUCUGCCAUGUCCAAGCUCUACUACCGACUUGCUUCUCAUGGUAGAACAUCCUGACUCUGCUUGUUAAGCUCAUGUUUACUACAGUAAACCUUGGAUAUAUCGGAAAUACCGGAUAUAAAUCCGAUAUAUGCGUAAAACGGACAUACAUUUUCCGGUAUACGCAUGUCACGGAUUUCGCUUAUAUCGGACAAAACCAGUGGGAACAAUUGAAUCCGAUAUAUCCGAGGUUUACUGUAGCAUCUUUAUCCAUGUACUUUUUCCAUCGAGUUUAUGCAAAAACUUGUCAGAUUAGCGAAAGAAAACGUGUAAAACUUGUGCUGCGAUUACAUCAGCCCCACUGAACCAUUUGGAAAAUAGCAUUGAUUUGGGCCAAACUACUACUAGAAAGUUGGGGUAUAGAAGGAAGAAACCAUUUGGGUCGGUAGUUAGUAAUCCGAAGAGUCUUAAUCUAUGGAGUUUACGUAAGUAAAAACCAUAAAUGAGAUCAUCCAAAAACCUGGUAGAACUUGGGAAGACCCUAUUUGUAUGUAUGUAUGUAUGUAUGUAUACCGGAUAUAAAUCCGAUAUAUGCGUAAAAACUGACAUUUUCCGGUAUACGCAUAUAACGGAUUUCGCUUAUAUCGGACAAAACCAGUGUGAACAAUUGAAUCCGAUAUAUCCGAGGUUUACUGUAUUAGCAUGCUAAUAUUCCAUCAAUAUAUCCUUUCAUUGUAAAAAGUUUGCUGAUCCUUAUUUUAAAAAAGGCAAGGGUCAGCAACCCACGGCUCCACAGCCGCAUCUUGCUCUUCAACCUCUUUGUUAUGGCUCCCUUUGCAAUGCUACAAUUUUUUUUUAAACACCCGAAUGGGGAAAAACGCACGUCUUUAGUGAUUGGAUAAAUACCAGUAUGAGCAGACACGUACAUUUACUAUGUAAGUUAAACUCCAAUACUAGCAAGAGUACACAAUGUACUCGUUUUUUCUUAUCUGAACUACUUUGUUCCCCCUAAAUUCCCCGUGGUAGACUCCUAAUCGGCUCAGCAUGCUGUUGGCGGCCAGCUAGACACAUUUCUUCAGGCGUCAGGUAGCGAGCUUUAACCAAGACGAUGCUACGAUAACCGUACUAGUUAGCAUCCAUAGACAUAAACAUAUACUUUCUUUAUUAUCAUUGCACAAUAACACAGCAGUGAAAUUGCCAAUGAAAUGUCGUUGCCUGGCUCCCGUAUAAUAAUAAAUAAUAAUAAUAAUGUGGAUAAUAAAUAAAUGACAUCAAAUAUAUAACAUAUGUACAGCGUAAACAGUAAUUUGUACAAAUAAUUUUAAUAAUUUAGAAUAAAUAAUUGUGUGGGCUUAUUUAGCAUUCAGCAAAAAUUAAUAUUUUGCAUCUCCAGGUUAUUCUUCUUUAGUGGGCAAGAGGGUAAAAUGGCUAUUUUCAUAGUAAAGGUUG